AUAAUUGACUCCCACCUGCGACGUCUGCUGCGCACGCACCCCUCCGUCCGUCCCGACUAAGGCGCACCAUUCCCUCCGGCGUCCAUCUUUCCGCAGUGUGCCCUUUCGAACUUAAAAAGUCCUGCUGAGCGUACUCGGAAGCUUCACCCGUCCCAAGCUCGAAAAGUCAGACCACAGUCAUGUCUGCAGCGAACGGCCAAGACCGCAAGGACCGCCUCCAUUCUCCAACCGAGAGCACGUCCUCUCGUGGGAACGUCGUCGACCAUAAUGCUCCCCACGUGACUGAGGAAGCUGCUGCCAGGCCACAUCCCACCGACAGACAUGUCAUUCGGGUACAGCCUCUGAAAAGGCAGGAAAUGCAGCCGUCUUACGCUCAAGACCUGGGCACAGGCGAAGUGACCCACGGUGUCUACGGCUCGCUGCUUCAAGUUCUGGGUUCGUGCGUCGGUUUCUGCGGCGCCAUCCCUUGUUGCCCGUUCCCCAACCCCUUCCGCGAGGUCAACCAGGGCUCCGUCGGCCUCGUCACCCGUUUCGGAAAGUUCUACAAGUCCGUCGACCCCGGCUUGGUCCAGGUCAACGUCUGCACCGAGUCGCUCCGUAUUGUGGACGUCAAGAUUCAAAUAAGCCCGAUUGGAAGACAGACGGUCAUCACCCGCGACAACGUCAACGUCGAAAUCGACUCGGUAAUCUACUUCCAAAUCGUGAACCCCUACCGCUCUGCUUUUGGCAUCACCGACCUGCGCCAAGCCCUCAUCGAGCGCGCCCAGACGACCCUCCGGCACGUCGUCGGCGCACGGGCGGUGCAGUCCGUCGUGACCGAGCGCGAAGCGAUCGCGUUCGAGAUCGCCGAGAUUGUAGGCGACGUCGCUGACAAGUGGGGCGUCGCGAUCGAGGGCAUCCUUAUCAAGGACAUCAUCUUCUCCCCCGAGGUCUCCGCCUCGCUCUCGUCCGCGGCGCAGCAGAAGCGCAUCGGCGAGUCCAAGGUCAUCGCCGCGCGUGCGGAGGUCGACUCGGCGCGCCUGAUGCGCCAGGCCGCGGACAUCCUCGCGAGCCCCGCUGCGAUGCAGAUCCGGCAGCUUGAGGCGCUCCAGGCGAUGGCGAAGACAGCGAACACCAAGGUCGUGUUCGUGCCGAUGCAGCUGCAGAGCGACGUCGCGGGACAGCUGGCGAACAGCUCCGCGGGGGCCGGACCGAGCGCGGCCGUGCUGAGCGAGAGCGGAGAUGGUCUCGGCGGGGCUGGACGUGCAGGUCUGCUCAACAGCAUAUCCGACAUCUAAGUCCAAGCUCGAUCCACCGCCCGCCUCGCCCCUUACCUCCCUCUGUCUUGAUUCUGCCUUUCUCGAUCUAGUACUUUAUAUUUUCCACGGAUAUCACCACGUACUUCACGAUCCUCGCUGCUUCCCGCGCUGUAAUUUCUCGAGCGUUCGUGUUCCCAUGCCUUUUGUACUUUGUACUCGCAUGUUUGUUUGACGGGUCCGUUCGCUUUCUUCGAUACCGCCUCGCUACUUUCGGGGCGUGUUCGUUGGCCUGCGUCGACCCGCUUGUACUACUGUAAUUCUACCCGCCGCUUGGGCUGUUGUUCUCCAUAUCAACAUUGUAUCGCGAGUUUUGCAGCUCGUUGUGCGCUUUGCGGUUCAUUCGGUGGUAUUUGGGCUCGAGCACCUAUUUUGGAGUUUUAGGGCGAUCUGUGC